AGGUAGCCAAAAGGUAGCCAGAAUGGGAAGUAGACGAGGAUCCCUUUGAGAAGGGACUGAGCAGAGACACUGCUCCCUGCAGGCCGCUCAGUGUGGACGCCUUCCUGGGGCCUCACAUUGCAGGCUCUGGGUAUUGAGGUGGGUGCCAGACACCUGUGUGUCUCCUCCCUGCUGCGGUCCCGACAGGCUCCUGGCCUCCUCCUGCACCCAGGGUGCGGGCCUGGCUGCCCCACCUUGCCCAGUAGCCAGCCUUUGGCUUAGAUUGGGCUGGGGGCCCUACAGGAGGGCCUCGCUUGGGACAGGACUGCCCAGUGCCCUGUCUUGGCAUGCAGGUCAGCUUAGGGCUCCAUGGCCUGGAGCAGGGAGUGGACUUGGCACAGCCCAUUGUACAAGCCCAGGUGAGAGCUUAAAAGCUGUCAUGGUUCCGUCAACCUCUCCACCAGACAGUGGGAAGACCCGGCUGGCUCCAAAGGGCCAGGUGGUUCCCCUGCAGUGACUUGCAAGCUAUUAUUUACAGAGGGGACCCAUGUGUUGGAUGAAUCACCCAAAAAACCCAGGAGUAGUUUCUAUUCCUGUAGACACCUGAAAGUCCCAGCACGCGUGGCUUUUAAAAGUCGCUUGUGCUUUGGUUCCCCGACAGGGCCUCCCAACACCUCCAGGGCACGGCGGCUGCAUCUACCGAGGUAGACUUCAGCCCAGACUUUCCUGAUGGGCUGGAAUCUAUGAGGGCUCUCAGCUAACAGCCACCCAAGCCCACGGGUGAGUCUCAGCCCUCCCAGCCCUGAAGGUGGGAGAUGCCAGGGAAAUCUCUGCUUGCAGGGCCCUAGGAGGCCACAGGCCCAAGGCUGCCCCAAAUCUCUGUGCAGGCCUGGGACAGGGAAGCCGAGGCUGGGGAACCUGUGGGACCCCACUGACCAUUCUUGCGUGGAAGCUGAGGUCUCCUCCGAGGCAGGGCACGCAAGUCCUAAACUGGAAGUCCUAAACAACACCACCUUCCUUUCCUUUCUGUGGGCAGCGGUUUCAAAUCCUAAACCCCCGGAGUGCUAGAAGUCACGACGGCCUUUGUCAGGUGCUGAGAAUGGCUGCUCCUGUGUGGUGCCCCUGUUAGAGAAUCCAGGGUGUGUGAGAGGCUUCCUCUUCCAGAAGCUUCCCAGGCCUUGACACAUGCAGUGUGAUUUUUGGCUUUUUGGUUUUUUGUUUUGUCUUUUGGCAGCUGCGGGAUGGGCGUGCAGAUCUUCCAAGAGGGCAGGAGAGUGCAGACCCUCCUCCUGGAAACUGCUCCCCAUGUCCGUACUCUAGUUCCAUGCAGCCCCUCUGCAGACCCCUGAGCAAGAGCCCCUAGGCCAGACAGGGUGUCACAGGAGCCACUCAGAGCACCUGGUCCCACCCCUUUAUUUCACUCACAAGGAAGUUGAGACCCAGAGAGGGGAAGUGACUCUCCCCAGAGCAGGCCGGCAGCCAGGCCUGGAGGAGAAAUGACAUCUCAGCCCUCUCCACUACACCGGACCACCAACAGUUGUGAUUCAGUGGGCACGAAUUGCUGUACGAUGCUGGGGAGGUGUUUGUGAUUCUUGACAAAGUCAUUGGAAUCCAUCACUUCAAGAGAGUGAAAGGAGCCCCAUCUGAUCUGUUGGUGUUGCAGGAAGAAACAUGAGUCAGCCAAACGCCAGUGGUGACUGCCUGUUUGAUGGAGUCAAUGAGCUGAUGAAAACCCUACAGUUUGCAGUCCACAUCCCCACCUUCGUCCUGGGCCUGAUACUCAACCUGCUGGCCAUCCAUGGCUUCAGCACCUUCCUUAAGAACAGGUGGCCCGAUUACGCUGCCACCUCCAUCUACAUGAUCAACCUGGCGGUCUUUGACCUGCUGCUGGUGCUCUCCCUCCCGUUCAAGAUGUCCCUGUCCCAGAUACAGUCCCCCUACCCAUUCCUGUGCACCCUGGUGGAGUGCCUUUACUUUGUCAGCAUGUACGGAAGUGUCUUCACCAUCUGCUUCAUCAGCAUGGACCGGUUCUUGGCCAUCCGGUACCCACUCCUGGUCAACCACCUCCGGUCCCCCAGGAAGAUCUUUGGGAUCUGCUGUACCAUCUGGGUCCUGGUGUGGACUGGGAGCAUCCCUAUCUAUAGUUUCCAUGGGAAAGUGGAAAAAUACAUGUGCUUCCACAACAUGUCUGACGAUACCUGGAGUGCCAAGGUCUUCUUCCCACUGGAGGUGUUUGGCUUCCUCCUUCCCAUGGGCAUCAUGGGCUUCUGCUCCUCCAGGAGCAUCCACAUCCUGCUGGGCCGCCGAGACCACACCCAGGACUGGGUGCAGCAGAGAGCCUGCAUCUACAGCAUCGCAGUCAGCCUGGCUGUCUUCGUGGUCUCCUUCCUCCCAGUCCACCUGGGGUUCUUCCUGCAGUUCCUGGUGAGAAACGGCUUUAUCGUAGAGUGCAGAGCCAAGCAGAGCAUCAGCUUCUUCUUGCAAUUGUCCAUGUGUUUCUCCAACGUCAACUGCUGCCUGGAUGUUUUCUGCUACUACUUUGUCAUCAAAGAAUUCCGCAUGAACAUCAGGGCCCACCGGCCUUCCAGGGUCCAGCUGGUCCUGCAGGACACCACGAUCUCUCGGGGCUAACAGAAGGACAUCCUGUUCAGGAGAAGGAAGCCCUGGCCCUGAAUUCUAGUAAUGGAUAUCGAGUUCCAGGGUUUGGAUGUGGAGGGAUGAUCCAUGCCAUCUUUACUGAUGUGCUUCCCUUUGAUGUCCAUUGAGUGCCAGCUUUGCUCAUUGUACCCCAAAGACCUUUUUUCCAGUGCCCAGACAGCUCCACAUACACCACCCAGUGUUCAGGGAUCUCUGAAGAACCCACAAACCAGGUCAAUUACUGAUUUCUAAGUCCAAAAACUAUACAGCAGAAGAAUUGAGAAAGAGAAUGAGACCAUGUGAACAAGGCUGUUUCCAACUCUCCCCAUUUUCGUGUUCGACUGGGAGGUUCUGGAAAGAAAGAGAGCGAAAGGGAGAGGAGGUAGAGGAGGGAGCCAAGAGAGUCAGUUAUGGGGGAGAGUAUCUUGGGCAGAGGUGGGGUGGUAGGGAUGAAUGAAGCCCCUUUUUAGUUUGGGUGUCCCAGGACAGAGCAGACUUGCAUUUUCCAGUCUCUUCUGGAGCUGUGUUGCCAAAAGCCUCACUGAGAUGACAGCAAGUGGGAGUGGUGUUGGGGCUGGGCAAGUAUGCAUGGAUCACCCCAUGUUUCCAGUGGUCCUCAGAAAGGUGAAGGAAGCCAGCCACACCUUUCUAUGCCCAUGAGAAGACUGCAGAAUGACUAAGUGGGGGUGUUGAUGACAUCCAAGAGCCAAGAGGGGAGGGGAGAGAACAAUCCUGGGGAAGGAAGAAGACAGGCCCAGGGCUGGAAGCACACAGCCCCUCCCCCACCACCAUCAGGGCGUCCACAGCAGGGAGUGUUGGUGCUGGCCCCGGGCGAGGAGAGGCAGUGGGAGGUGGCCUGGGAGAGGGGAGACCCCUGACCUGCUUUCUGUCUUGAACAGACUGGGAAGUUGCUCAUUCCAUCUAGCUUGCUUGAAAACAACGGCAAAGAAUCAGGCCUGCCUUGGUUCCACCACAGGAGGGUGGGGGAGGUGCUGUCUUACUCACCUGCAUCCUGGCUGGGCAGUUGGCACCCGUGGCACUGCCCAUGGAGCCGUUGCUCCCUGGCAGUUGGGAGGGAGAAGAUGAGGCAGCCAGGCACAAGGGUGUGGCCUUGAGAAAGAAGGCAAGGCGGGGGGGUCCCUGCAGGUCCCAGGAAACUGUAAACAAUCGAGUCACGCCUGGAUGGCUUCUCGAAGAAUCCGGAGGAGGAGUGCAAGUGACAGCGGAAGCCUCCCAGUGACUCAGCUGCUCCGGAGAGUGAAAUGAUGAGAAGGAUCCACUGUGGGGUGGUUUUGCAUGACAGAGUGAGUGGGAUGAGGAGUAACUGAUGAGACUUCAUGUGACCAAGGUCUUUAGGAGGAAAAGCAACUGCCGUCAACUUGUAGGAUCUGGGCUCAGUGGAGGUGGAAGGGCUUGGGAGGGGUGGCGGCCUGAGGGGAAGAAGAGAGGCAUUUGGAUAAACCAGGACCUGUGGAGAGAAGGAGGAAGAGGAAGAGGAAAAGGAGGGGAAGCUGAGCAAUGGCCCUAGGCUUGAAGCCUGCAGGUAGUGCAGGAUGGGUGGGGAACCUGGCCGAGCUGCUUCCUGUCUGAGAGCCUUUCCUGGCUGGCCUGAGAGCCAUGGACAGGCAGGAGUUGCCUUCUCAGGAGCAGCCCCCGCUGUUGCUGUGCUCGGGUGGCUCUCUGUACACCUCCUCCUAGGUGGAUGGAGGGAAGGGUGAGGAAGACAGCGUCAGUGAAGGGGUGGAAGUGGAUGUGGAGGAGUGACCAGACCAGACCAGAGGAAUCAGAGACUCAGGCCCCCUGGGCUGGGCCUCUAGGAACCACAGCCACAGAGUCAGGCUCUGCAGACCCAGAGGUAAGGCUGCCUGGCUGCCCCAAGUCCCAGACACACUCCUCUCCUUGCCUGCAGGCUGCCCUGUCCCAUGGCUACCGUAGAUAGAGACACCACCCAUGAUACUCUAAGGAAGCCAGACUUUUGCAUGCAACAGGGCAUUUGGGACUGGUUUGGGUCAGAGUCCACGGGUGGUGGAUUUAGGACAACCCUCCUCCCACUUCUUUCUCUGCACGAGGAGUUGGGAGCCUGCCUGGUGGAGCUGAGUGAUGCCCUUCAUGUGCACUUGGGUCUACCAAUGUGCUUAGGGCCAGAUGGGCUUCCUAAGGGACAAGGGUAGGUGGACCUGACCUCCUAUCAUCCCCAGCGAUGUUCAAACAUAAAAUCUUAUCUAUGUGCAGCAUGACUCUGUCCAGGUGACAGAAAGGGCUCCAGACUGCUGAGAGGAACUGACCAUGUAGGGAGGGACGGGGAGGGAGCCAGGACCCGUGAGCUGUAUGACUGUAAGGGGUAGGUCCUCCGAGGGUAUCAGCAGUCUCAGUGUGAUGUGACAACUGGGACCUGUGGGUGGGCCCUGGGGACCCCUGACCCGUCCCAAAACACUGUGGGAAGAAGGGCCUCUUCUCCAUGGGGACCCGUGUCUGUGGGAGCGGGGACAGCUCCAUGCUGUAGGCCACUAUGUCUGCUCGGCAGGAGGGCCGAGAGUUUGGACCCACAUGGCUGCAGCCCACGUUGGCCCAGAAUCAGCAGUGGGGCCCAGCGGCACAGGAGGGGCGGAGGGUUAGCACUGGAAAAAAAUGACUUGAUUAAUCUGAUUUGCCAAAUAAAUAGAUUCAUGUGA